AGAAGGCACGAUGUUGGCCGGAUUCUAAGAUGGCAGCCGAGCCGCUGUUUCCUGCCCGGUAAGUUCGGCUUCGGGCGGCGCGACUUGGCGGCAGGAUUCGCGGUGGUCUGUCGGGUUGUGUUCCGAGGCAGUGAGGGCGGCGCAGGAGUUGGGUCGGCUUGUCCUUGCAGAUCUUCCGUACGGACGCCGGAGCGGGCUAGGAAAACUCCGGGUUACCCCGCUGGGCUCCGAGGGCGUCGUGACUUAGGCGACCGGUCCCUGGCAAGCGAAGAGCGCGGAAGUCGGGCUCCUGGUACGCUCCCAGACAGCGACUCCGGCUAACCAAAGCAAGUCUCGCGGGUCGCCGUCCGCCGCCGUCCUAGUGCGAUUCUGACGCGGCUCGAGAGCUGAAGGUGGUGCGGCCUCCCACCCGGCGAGAGCUGCAGAGUCCGGCUGUGUGGGAAGGGGUGUGCCUUUUAGAGCCACCCUCUCAGUCUUGAACUUUAAGAAAAGAUGUGGAGUGGGCUGUUACCUCCUGGACUAAAUGAGAGUGAUGUUGAAUCAAAUUCUGAAGAUGAAAUCAUACUAGAGAACCCAGAACCUUCAGAACUUAAUUUACAGGAAGAUGGAAAGACUGGCAGCAGUACGAAGCCAGCAGUGUCAGACUUCCCGGCAGGCCAGCCAGAGACGGAGACAAAGGCUGAUGCAGAUGCAUAUAAGAAGUGUCCUUCUGGGAUUCCCCUAAACAUGUGGAAUAAAUUUCAAGAAUUGCAUAAAAAAAAUUCUGAACAGAAAAAUUCAACGCCAAGAUUCAGACAGAAAAAAAGAAAACGCUCCAAAAAAGGCAAAUUGAAGAAUGAAAAGGAAUCUCACAGUGAGCAGUCCUCAAGUGAGAUCCAGUGGAAAGAGCUCACUCAGUAUUUUGGAGCCAAUGAUAGAUUUGAACCCCCUGUUAAACAGAAAAAAGUUGAGAAGUCAGGCCUUGAGAAGAGGAUUGACCAGGCUGUGGAGGAGUGGGAUGUUGAGAAGGCUGAGGAGCUCAGCAACCAGCUAGCUACUCGAGAGCUCGGUGUAAAAAUUGCCAAAGCAAUUGCCUGCCACAAGUUUGUUAAAGCCAAAAAGGAGGCUGAAAAUUCACAGGCUGCUCGAAAGAAGAAAAAACUGGCAUGGGGGUUUGAAGCAAAGAAGAGAUGGGAAACCAAAAGCAACAUGGGAUAUAUGUGACCUUGCAGAGUUCUUCAAGACAUUUAUUUAUAGGCUGUCAUGCUUCAUUUGCUGAAAAGAUUCUCCUGCUUAGGUUAAAUAUGUCAGGAAAUUGAUAAAGGUAGAAAAAGAUAAGCAUAAAACUUCAGAGCUGAUUAUAAACGCUUUUUAGUCUUUUUUUUUCCUCAGAAGUUUUUGAAGGAAAAGAACAUUUUUAUAUUUGUGUAAAAAAUUUUAAGCAUAUGUACAAGAAAAAAGGGUAGGAUUUUAUUUAUUUGUUUGUAUAAGCAUAGAGUUUAAAAAGCAGUUUUGUGUUUGAUCUGUUUGGUCUAGCAUAGCCUGUGAGGUCCUUGCACUUCCUUAUCUGUUCUUAGCAUGACUGCACUUUUUUCUAGGAUCGUGUUUUUAAGAUUGGCUUUGUUUAUAAUGGAUUAGUCAUAAAUAGAAAUUUUUUCAAUUGUUACAUAUUUUACAAAUAACUUUAAUUACUUUAAUGCUUUAAAAAUAAUUACUGAUUCUUUUUGGAGAUAAAAUUAAUAUUAGUCACAUAGUAAAAGCAGUUUAUUGACUUUUUUGUGUAAUGUCAGUGGAAAUAGAGUAAAAGAUGGACAUACUUUAGUAUCUGAAGAAUGAUUUAAAUUCAGAUUUACCUAGAAAAUGCCUUUCUCAGUAUCUCUCAACCAUAUCAUUCUUUAAAUUGUGAUUGUUUAUGAAAAGGAAAUGGUCUGAUUGUGCUAGACAGAUAGUUGUAACUCAAGAUAACAUAACUUUGGAUUGUCUAAGGGCCCAUUUGUUUUAACCCCUUCCCCUGGCCUCUCCUUGGAAGAUGGAAUGAAUUAAUGAGACAAAAGAGAGAACUGGCACUGAGAUGUCAUUGUCCUUAGGUGUGUGUUUGCAGUCCUAAGGGAAAGAGGCUUUGGAAGUCAUUUGAUAACUGGCAAGACCAUAUGUGAAAAGUGAGUCAUGAACAUGAUUAUAUCAUUUUAGACUUAAAAUAGACAUUGUUUUAUUAAUUUAUGGUGACAUGUAAAUUUUCUUUAUAUGAAGAAUAAGUGAGUAAAGAGCCAAAAUAUCGGGGGCUGGAGAGAUGGCUCAGCAGUUAAGAGUGCUGAAUGUUCAUCCAGAGAUCCCGAUUUCAGUUCCCAGCAACCACAUGGUAGCUCACAACUAUUUGUAAUGGAAUCUGACCCCCUCUUCUGGUGUGUCUGAAGACAGCUACAGUGUACUCAUAUAAAUAAAUAAAUAAACCCUAGGGAGCCAUUGAGUUUAAAAAAAAAAAUUAGUCUAAAUAUCAAAUCUUAACCUUCAUUUAAUUGAGAACAGCCAGUGGAUGAAAAGCAAGGUCUACGAGAUUGGAUAUCUACUAACUUGUCUUAAUGAAAAGGUAUCUUCAGUUCCUGAGUACUGUUUACAUAUAGCAACCUACUUUGGUUCACUCCUAGUGGGUGAAUAUGUGUUUAAUGAUAUAGGAAUAUUUUUUCCCACUUAAUUCCUAGUACAAAUGGUUUUGUAUGUAAGACCUUAGAACCUGAGUUCUCCUAGGGGCUCUGCCUUAAUUUUGUAUUUCCUUACAUUUACUUCCAUAGGUCUAGUGACAUUUUUUUUUUAAGAUUUAUUUUUUUAUUAUUUAUAUGUAAGUACACUGUAGCUGUCUUCAGACACUCCAGAAGAGUGUGUCUUGUUAUGGAUGGUUGUGAGCUACAUGUGGUUGCUGGGAUUUGAACUCAGGACCUUUGGAGGAAUAGUUGGUCCUCUUAACCGCUGAGCCAUCUCACCAGGCCCAGGUCUAAUGACUUUUGACAACAUAUUUUCCAUUUGGGUCAGAUUUAGAAGCCUGAGUGUAGUCACCAAAGCCCUCUUUGCCCACACCAGUGCUAGCAGUUAGCCUCUCAAUGCCCAUUCUAGGGUUUGUUUUGUUUUUUAAGAUAUAUUUAUUUACAUUUUAUGUAUAUGGAUGUUUUGCCUGCAUGUAUGUCUGUAUACCAUGUACAUGCCUGGUAUCUAUGGAGGCCAGAAAAAGAGGUGUCAUAUCCCUGGAACUGGAGUUAUGGAUGGUUGUGAGAUACCAUGUGGCUCCCCAGAUCCUCUGGAAGAGCAGCCAGUGCCCUUAACUUCUGGACCUUAACCAUACCAGUUCCACAUUCUGAGGCUGGCUGUGUCUAUUGGGGCAUUUUAAUAUGAGUGGAGAAUAGUCAGUCAGGUCAGACAGAGAAGGAAACUUUGGGGAGAAGUCACAGCCCCUAAUUUCCUACUCUUGUGGGCAUGGAGUGUAGAGAGUUUUAAAAUAUACUGCUGUGGCCAGAAAGUAAGAAGGAAGGAUUGAGUUGAGGAAGGAGAAUGGUGCUUUUGCAUAUAUCUGCUGGUCUCUUGUUUGGUCUUAGUUUUAUUUGAGAUGAGCUUUAAUAUAAUUUAUAGAUACUUUACUCAUUAGAACAAUAAAAUGGUAGCAUUAUUCCUAGAAUACCAGUGUUGCCCACAGGGUGUAGUCAUUUGUCCUUCAUAUUCUGGCCACAUUAAAAUAAGGAUUCUUAGUGGACCAGUAAUAAUCUUGGUCCCUGAAGCUUCAACAUGUGCAUUUACUACCUCCAGAACAUUUUAAUUAGAUUAGUAAUGUGAUUGUCAGUUACUGUUGAGUGAGAUUAAUAUGUUUUAGGCCAUUGGUAUGGCAUUAAUGUAACAUGAUUUAUUGUCUGAACACUUGAAGCCAGAACGGCAUACUGAAGAACAGUAAUUUUGAGCUUUACUGCUUGGUUUUAAGAAGUAAAGUUGGUAGUGCAUUCUUGUUUAGAAGCCCUCAGGGUGUUUAUGAUUUCAGCAGAACAUUCUAUUUCUUUCACCAAAAGGAGAGCAUGAAUAUGUAAUCUCAAGCUUGCUAUAAUUAGUUCUGAUGACAGUUAAAUACCUCAGCCAAGACUGUAAAUCAGCAGUUAAAUUCUGACUUCUGCCAUUGAUAAUAAAUCUCAAGCACUUAUUUUGGGGACAGGCAGAUGAAGGAAGGGCAGGCCUCUGACAGAAAUAAAAUGCUGUUUGAAUGUUAGGUAACAACUGUAAACCUCACACUUAAAAUCUGAUGUCACUUACACCUUUGUCUAAACUGUCUUUGAAGUACUUUAGUAACUUAGGUUAUUAACAGCUGGGGAGAACUUGGAAUCCUUGUUUGUAUGUGUGUGGUGUGUGCUGCUGCAUGCCUGGGCUUUCUUCUCUGGUCCUCUACCUCAUUUGAGAUGGGGUCUCUCACUGAACCUGGAGUAAGGCUAGAGCCUGUCAGGUAUGACUGCCUAUGACCAUGCCCAGCUUUUACAUGAGUUUUGAGAUCCAGGCUCAGGGCCUCCUCCUUGCACAGCAAAUGCUGUUACCCAUUGACUCAUCUCCCCAGCCCAAGAAAUUAAAAUUCUUAAAAUA